CAAUUCAGUGCUCUUCAUUUCUCUAUACAGAUGUGUAUCUACACAUAAGAGUAUAUUUAUGUAUUUAGUACAUAUUCUGAAGUAAAACUGAAAAACCUUCAUGUUUUGAGUAGAGAUGGUUUCGAAGAAGGUUACAGCAGCAGAGGUUCAUUGAGCAAUAUCGUAAGAUCAUGACAGUUGAGCGUGACAUUCAAGCUCGUCGGCACCAGCAGGACAGGGCUGCAUCAGUGAUUCAGAAGGCAGUGCGCCGCUUUCUCCUGAGCAGAAGACAGCAAAAGGUCAACAGCAGCGCCACUAGAAUUCAGGCAUUAUGGAGAGGCUAUGCUUCAAGGAAGAAAAAUGAUCGCACAGAAAUUAAAGCUAUUCGACAAAGCCUUCGAGCUGUCAGCAGGAACGUGGAGGAGGAAAACAAGCUGUACAGAAGAACUGAGCGUGCCCUUCAUCACCUGCUCACGUACAAGCACUUGUCGGCCAUUCUGGAAGCCAUGAAGCACCUGGAGGUUGUUACCAGGUUAUCUCCCCUUUGCUGUGAGAACAUGGCUGAAAGCGGAGCGGUGUCUACCGUCUUCGUGGUGAUCCGCAGCUGUAACCGCAGUGUUCCUUGCAUGGAAGUUGUUGGAUGCGCUGUCCAAGUCCUGCUGAAUGUGGCAAAGUAUGAUAAGACGAUCUCAGCCGUUUACGAUGCUGAAAAUUGUGUGGACACACUGCUGGAGCUGCUGCAGGCGUACCGGGAGAAGCCUGGUGACCGAGUUGCCGAGAAGAGUGCCAGCAUUUUCACAAGGACGUGCUGUUUAUUAGCUGUGCUGUUGAAGACAGAGCAGUGUGCUUUUGAUGCACAAAGUAGAUCAAAAGUCAUUGAUCGUAUUUAUCGUCUCUACAAAUUUACAGUUCCUAAGCAUAAAGUGAAUACACAGGGAUUAUUUGAUAGGCAGAAGCAGAAUUCCUGUAUAGGCUUUCCUUUUAUACCAGAAAGUUCUAUAAAGACCAGGAUAGUUUCAAGACUUAAGCCACAGUGGGUUUUGAGGCGUGAUAAUAUGGAAGAAAUCACAAAUUCCCUGCAAGCUAUUCAACUGGUGAUGGAUACCCUUGGAAUUCCUUAUUGCUAAAAGGAAACGUUUUCAGUGUGGGACCAAAAAAAAAACUUAUGCAAUCAUGGAUACCUGGAGCAGUUUUUACUGUCAGUGUAAACUGUUUAGAUAUGACUUUGUGUAAAAAUAAAUAUGUAUAUAUUACAAGUUA